CCGGCUCCGCCUUCCCAUUUCUAGAGCGAGGCGCCGGCGGUGCGAGGCCGAACGCGGAAGCUGCCGUGACGCUGAGAAGGGCCCCCCCCCACGGGCCGCUCUGCACCAUCCCCAGGGCGCCACGCGGGUGCAGGCUUCAGCUGGCUGCACUGCAGCCGGGACCCCCACACCGCUGCCCCUGCCAGGUGCCCCCAGUCUCAGUGCCGCCAGCGCCGCCCUUCUCCACUAGCUCCCCAUCUCCCAUCUAUGGAAGCGGGGCAACCUCCGCCCCCUGUUCCCGUUGGGAAUCCCUUGGAGCGGGGGGGGGGUGACUGAGAAAUGUCACUUCCGGUCCCCGGGCACAGUGGGACUCUAAUAUUGGCGCACCGGGGCAACAUAGCUUCCGGUCCCAGUUGCAGGUUGGACUCUAAUAGCGAGAGCACUGGGGCAACAUCACCUCCGGCCCCACGCCCCGCUGGGAGCUGCGUUUGCGGCUCUUGUGGGGUCGGCGUCGUCCAGGCGGGGCCCGAGGGUCGCCCUAGACCCCCCCCCCCCCCCAAGCUGCGGCCCGGCCCCAUGUGGCUGUACUGCCCGUUCCCCAGGGGCUGGCCUGCUCGCGCGCACCAGGGUUUGCCCCGGCCAGGCCCUCUGGGGGCCCAGGCACGUGAAGGCCACGCGGCUGCCCUCCGAGCCAGAGCCCUGGGGAAUCUCCCGCCACAAAGCCGGCCGCACAAACCAGCGUCCGGGCGCUGUGUGUUAGGGGUUGGGGCUCCUAAGGGCACCACGACAAGCAGCCAUCAAAGGCGUGCGGGGGAUUGGGGUCCAGUGUCGGCACCAUCAGGAGGCUGGCUGCUCUGCGGGGCUUUGCCUUCACCGGCUCAAAGGCAGGAGUGUGUUGUCAUCCACGGGUUACACCCUGGGAAACAGAGAACUCUUUCUAACAGCCCUUUACUAGCAGGGGCGUGUGUGUGUGAUGGAGGCUUUACGGAGUAGGAAGCUACUUCGCUGCCUCACCCUGUUUGCUUUUCUUUUUCAAGAGCCUUCUCCCGAGGGCAAAGCAUAGAGGUGCUCCAUAAGGACAGAAAAGCCCUUGUUUCAUAGUAAAUCUGAAAAUAUGUGGCCAAUAAUCCUCCUUAUGUGGAAUCAUAUGGAAACUGACCCUUUAAAUUAAAAUGAAGACACUGGGUUUGAUUGUUAAUUAUUCCUGCCCCCAGUAAUAAAACUUUAAGGGAUGCUCCAAAUUAUUAAUCAAUUGUUUAUAAAAUACAUUUCAUACUGAACUUGUUUUCAAGCAGUAACCAAAGCUCUGUGAUGUUUAUCCAUUUUAAACAGUAAUUAUCCCAUAUUUACCUGGCUUCCAAUGUGGGGCUCAAAAUAGAUCUUUGAAUUAAAAAGCUUGUCUAACAACUGUGUAACUGUAUCAAGUAUUUUUCUCUUUAGACAAGGUUAAACCUUUUGAUCUAGGAAGAGGACUAAAGCUGAUCAUGGCAGUGCUACAUUUACUGUCUGUUCAUUGACCUUGCACCACAUCAUUGCUUUGAUACUAUUAGGCCCAUCCUUGCAGAUGGUUAUAUAUGGAAGUGCUGUUACCGAGUUGUAGGCUCAGACUCACAGCUGCAAAAAUUAAGGUUCAUGUGAGACAAGUUUAGCUUUCCUCCGCAGGUGAGUAAGAAUCAAGGAGGCCAUGUGACUAACUCAGGAGACACCUGGGAGGAAGGGACAGGCUCCUGGGGUACUCUCUGGGGAAAGGAAUUCAGGUGGGAACCUAACUUUAGCUAAGUGGGUCUCAGGCAGGGCACAUGCCUGAGAAGCUGUAGCUGGAGUGAGGAAGUAGCUGCAGGAGUGUGCUGUAAGGAGCAAAACUGGCUCUUGCAGGGAGGGAAGGAAGAGAAGCCCUCUCUGAGGAGAGCUGGGGCUCCAGAUACCAGGAGAGAGACUGAAGUGAAGCCAGCUCUGGGAAGGAGGGCUGGGGACUCUUGACUCAAGGGAAGAGGAGUGUGUUUCAGUUCUGCAGGAAAGGCAUGCAGUCAGGGCUGAAGGUCUGUGCUCAGCUUGGGACUGAGGUGGAGAAGUUGCAGGAUUUAUUAAAAUGGACCCCAGAAGGGGAAUGCUUUUAUUAUUUAUCUAACUUGUGAGGACUUGUAAAGGGCCCUGAGCAAAAAAGGGAAACUGAGGCAGUGCUGUGCAGAUUUACCCCAGGUCACAAGAGGGUGCUUUGGAGGCCACUAAACCUGCUACAGCCUGGGUUUCUAGGAAAUGGUUCCUGAUCAGCUGAGGUGCAGGUGGAGAUAACUUCCCAAUGGAGACAGAUAGUAGUAAUGUGUCUUCCCCAGCAGAGGUCUGGAUCCAGGAAAGUAUCCACCAGCUCUGAGUUAAUUUCCUAUUUCCCCCCACCGUCUCUUCUCUAUUGUGUUGGUCAACACACACUUUCCCUGUCUGCCCUUGUCCUGUCUCCCUUCAUAGGAUGUGGGCAGGUGUGAAUCCCGACAGGCUUAAGAACAUAAGAAUGGCCAUACUGGGUCAGACCAAAGGUCCAUCUAGCCCAGUAUCCUGUCUUCCAACAGUGGCCAAUGCCAGGUGCCCCAGAGGGAAUGAACACAACAGUUCCUAAUGACAUUGGGUAGAUGACAGAAUGGCCAACCUGUGGCAGAGACCAAAAGAAGGAGCGGCCACCUGAGCCCAUCCCUGGGGUUGGAAACCAGACAGUGAUCUGCAGAAAUUUGCUUAAGUUAAGUAUAGAGGGCUGCAAAGACUCUUGUCUGUGGAGAGAAUUUGUUAUGUUAGCCUGGGGUGGGUCCCUGUGUAAAGGCCUCUUCCUCUAAAUGCGGCCCAGUAAGCUUGGGGAAGGCCUUUGUGCCCUCUCAGGGAGAUGUCAGCUGCUAUGGAGUCUUCCUGAAGGACAGUAUCUUUGUAGAGAGCCACUUGCCUGUAACCAGAGAUGCUCAAGUCUCUUCCUUCUACAUCACUGGGUGAAAUUCCCUGGUCACAGCACUUUAGUCUUUCCCUCUACUGACUGUGGCCUGCUUCAGAGGUCAUCAGAGGGGUGCCCAAGAGUAGGCCCUGGCCCAUGUCUCCACUAACCAGGGAGCACAACCGAGGGCAGGUGAAGGGUCCACGGCUCUGUACAGUACGCUGGACUGACCUGCUGUAGCCCAGGUCCUUGGUCCUGCCAGCCAUGGUCACUGUUCCCCAGGGUCUCUGCUGGCACUGGGGCCUGGUUCCCCACCCAGGUGGCUCUUAUGGGCUGCGAGCAGUCGAAGGGUGGCAGCCGGGAGCUGAGGAGCAGUCACAGCCCCAAGCAGCAGGAGGACAAGACCGGGCAGCACUGUGGCUGCCCGCACCAUGGCACCAGCUGGUGCAGCAGCCGCCCCGCCUGGCUCUGGCUUCUGGCCUCUGACCUGGGCAGGGGCGUGGCCUUGGCAGGAGGGAGGCAGGGCUGACAUUUCAGUGAGGAGCUGCAGGGAGUGGGGCCACAGAGAGCAGCAGGGACUCAUGGCGAGAGGAGGGCGCAGCUGCCACAAUUUUCUGUCUAUUCCACCGCAGCCCCCCAUUGGGAAGAGGCUGGCGCUGCCCCUGCUGGCCACAGCUUGUCACUACUCCUCUCUGGGAAACACUCUUCGUGCAUUUCCCCAUCUGGCCACCGGGUGUCACUGCUCCUCCAGGGGAAAGAGUCUGUGCAUUACCCCGACUGGCCACCGGGUGUCACUGCUGCUCAAUGGGGAAGACUCAGUGCAUUACCGCGACUGGCCACUGUGUGCCACUGCUGGUCCAGGGGAAACACGUGCUCCCCAGGGAGGGGGAGGAGUUGAUUGGCAGGGCACCGGGCGUGAGGCACUGGAGGGGUGUGGGAGCUGGCUGUCAUUGGGUGCUAAGCACCCAAUACAUUUUCGUAAGUGCUCCAGCCCUGGAGUACUUACGAAAUCGACGGCUAUCAGUGCAGGUGCUGAGUUUGUCCUUCCUUUACUUCUUCUGUCCAGAGUGCUGGCCAACAUGCUCGGUCUCCUUGCCUGGUCUUCUACAGCCUCCCUGCAGAGACGUGUGCCCUGUGCGUGUCCUGUGGUGAUUUAGGCAUGGGUGUCGAUAGCGGUCUGUGCAGAUCUGCAGUGUGUGUGUGGGGAGAACUUACAGCUACUGCUGUCUCUAAUGCAUGCCUUUAGAACAGCGGGCCCUGAUGCAGCGUGGGAGUUGUAGUCUUCUCUUACCUUUGUUUUCAGAAUGUGGUGCCCUGUGCGGUACCUGGUGCAGCUGGAGGUGUGAUCAGUGAUUUAUCUAUAUGCUGCUUUUAGGUAUUCUUAGGCAACCUGUAGCUCACUCUCAGGGAGUGAAUUACGUGACUGAACAUUUGGAGAAAAGCAGUCACUCAGUCAGCUUCUUGGGGCAGGGAUGGGUGGUUCCCACUCCAGGCACCAGUAUACAUGUGCUAGUUUACUCAGCUGACCCCCAGUGGGAGUGGAAGUGGUGGAUAAUGGAAAGACAUCCGGGGUGGAAAGAUUCUGGGACAGAGAGACCCCUUGUCACACCCUGUAUGGUGCAACCCCAUCAAGUGAUGAAGGACUGUGACCUGGGCUAAAGUCCCAGAUGUGGAGCUGUUUGCCCUACUGAUGGCUCAGGUCCCUGUGCAGACCCAGGAGGGAUUGGGUGUGGGGGUAGUUGGGGUUCUCCAGGAUAUCAUUCUGGGGAAUGACUAUCACUCUGAGACAAAAUUCAGUCCCAGUUUCUGUACCAGCUGAGGAUUCGAACCAAGCAAGCCAGAAGGCUUAGAAAGGAGGUGGGGAUGACAAUGCAAAUAGCUUGGUUGGCAGGGAGAAGGAGGGGUUUUUCCCCCUUGCUUUCAGCACACAAGAAAGGCUGUUAAGCUCAGGACACACAGCCUACUCUCACUGGGGAAGUAGAGGCAGAGCUGAUCAUGGUGGUAGCUGAAACCCCAGCUGAGCAUGGAGAGACAAGGGAAGGGAAGGAUGACCGCCAGACAUGUUUGCCCUCUCCAGGAGUGGGAGAAGCCCCAGAGAAGGUAAAGCAGCUGGAAGGUCACUGCUGGUAACAAAGACACUGAGUUGGAGUGUGGCCAUGGCCAUGGUAGGUUCUCUUAACCAAGAGAAACUGAACCACAGCCCUCCAGGCAGGGGGUGGAGGAAGGGAAGCUGAGAGAGGACUGUCCUGGGGGUGAGGGCAACAGGUUAACUCCAAGAGGGGAAAUGGGCUCCCUGCAUAUGCACAGCCCUGGGGUUGGGACAUGACUCCAGAGCGGGCCAGUCAAUGUGCAGGACCACCCUGCACACCUGCCUCACCAGAUCCUUGGAAACCAGAACCCCAGACAUAUGGCUGGGUUAAGACCAAAUGCUUAAGGGGUCGCUUUCUACACCAGCCUUUAGGUCAGGGCACCCCAGGCUGCAGCCAAGAUGGCUGACACAUGGAAGAAUGUGGUGUUACUGCCCUCCUUACUCCCUGGCAGAUGGGGCGGAGGGAAUGGCAUUCCAGCUCCAAACCCAAAGAUUUUGGGGUGGCAAAAGGGGAUGGGGCACAAUGAAAACUCCCCAUGUACACCCUGCUAGUGUCAUCGACCAGACCAGACCUAAGGGAGGACAUGACACUGUGCUGAAUUGUGUCUUGAAAACUGUGAGCUUGAUUGAUUAGCAACUAAGCUAUAAGAAUCUUGGAAGUUCCUGGUAGGACAGCUACCAAGGAGACUGGAAAGAUGCUGACAUCUAUGGAUAACAUUUGGGAUUCAGAGUUCCCCAGGUCCUUGGUUAAUGUGACCCUGCUCAGUUCGGUCUCAAAGGGGGAAGAGCUAUGAUGAAGUGGGGAUUUUUUGGUAAUAAUUUUAUGAAUUCUGUGUGUGCCUCAGUUUACCCCAUAUGCUGCAUUGUUACCCAGUGGUAUGAAAAAUGAUUUUUUGCUCUCAAGGCAGGCUAAGAGACACAAGUGUGGAUGUCACCUAGCUUUCUGGGCCUUAUUCCCCAUACCAAUGGAGCAGUUGAGAAGAAGAUGGCAAACUGAAUUGUUCAGGCAUUGACACCUAGCAACAAAUGACCCAGAGGGAGAAGCUGUCCUGGAGUCAUUCAGCCCGGGACCGGGACUUGAUCUCUGCCUUUCGAGACUGUCCCGCCCAAUUCGGAACAGGCGGUCACUCUGUUGUCAAUGCUCUGAAUGUCACUGCAAAUGCUUGGUGAGGUGCCUUAAUCCCUGAAGUGUGGACAAGUCCAUAUCAGGAGUCUCUCAGCUGGAUUUGCUGAACGCUGCUCCUGGUGUGAAGCAGGAGUGCUGAAGGCCCAGAGGUCCAGUCACAGGAGGCAGUGAAGCCGUGUGAUGACCCUGGAGGAAGGAGUGAGACCUCUGGGGAGGGGUCUGGCAUAUCAAAGGGCUUCCUGAGAGACUGUUCCAAAGCCAGAGUGUAGCACCAAUCGUAUGGAUCCAUGGCAGUAGGGGAGGUGACAUCAGGGCAGAUCUGUGCAGUGACCGUUGCUUGCUGCAACAGGAGGUGAUCUGAGGGGUCUGUCCAGGUAACCCCAGCCCUGGGCUUUCUGCCAUGGCUUAGCUGGCCCCUUUGGCUCCUCUUCCUCCCAAGGAGACACUAAGAUGGGUUUCUGCCAUUACCACCCCCCCAUCACCGCCACACACACACUUUUGAGACCCUGCAGGUAGGGCUGGAAGCCUGGGGUCCCUUGUGUAUUGGGGGGUGGGAUGGGGAAGAGCAGAGAGAGGCUGGAAGGACCCUGAGCUCUGAGCCUGGAUUUCCAGUUAUUGUUUUACAAGGUGGGUGAGGUAAUAUCUUUUAUUGGCCCAGCUUCUUUUGGUGCGAGAGACCAGUCCAGACCAGCUAUCCCACUUGGCACUGAGCCAAUCAGGCUCUUUCUGUGCAAAUACUGUCCCUGGGUACUGUGGGUACUGGCCACACCUUGUUUGCUCUGUGCAGCAUCCUUCAUUUGUGUACUCAUAUGCCAAAGCAGGUGGAUGGGGCAGCGGCAGGCUGCAUGGAGCUGGGACCUCACCGCCCUGCAGCUACCAGUUCUCCCUGCGCCCUCCAGCAGCAGUUCACAUGGAAUGUUUGGAUCAGAGGCGGACAGCCCUGGUGUGAACAUGAGCGGGGGAGCCUCCGUGGGGGAGCCCAGUCUCCUGGGCAGGCUGGCUGAGUUGUGGGACACUGCUGCAUUCUGACACCUCCCCUGGCGGAAAACAUGGAAAACCAAUUCUGUUAUUUACUAUUAGCCUUUCUUAGCAUGAAAUACCAACCAAAAUACACCUGCAAAGAGCUCCGGGUGCCUGACCAAUUUGUUAGGGUUCCAACAGGAGGGAUAGCUCAGUGGUUUGAGCAUUGGGCUGCUAAACCCAGGGUUGUGAGUUCAAUCCUUGAGGGGGCCAUUUAGGGAUCUGGGGCAAAAAUUGGGGACUGGCGCUGCUUUGAGCAGGGGGUUGGACUAGAUGACCUCCUGAGGUCCCUUCCAACCCUGAUAUUCUAUGAACAGCUAAUGGUGCCCACCUGGCAGGAAAGCAUCAUCCCCCACACAAUGAAUGAACUCAGGCAAUAAAUCAAAGCUGCAAAACAGCCCUGCUAGCCAGCCAGGAACAACCCUCAACCCUCCCCCAUAACUCUAUCAAAUAAAGAAAGACCCAUUAGGCUCUGGUGAAGGGGCUGGUCCCUUCUCCUGUACCGGGGAGCCAUACAGGGCCUUUCUGAUUAGAAACCAGGACAGAGAGCUCUGGAGGUAGGUGGAUAUUGGUUGGGUUAGAGCACAUGCAGUGGGAGCAUGCCAACUGCUGCACCACUUCAUAGGGUUGCCUGCCCUGCUCUAGUCCUGCUGGCACAGGGUUGGGGGGACUUUAUCUAGGCCAUGCAAGCAGGGAGGGAAAGCCUCUCUAAACUCACACUACCCACCUGCGUGAAGGCCAGGCAGAGUAUGGCUCUUGUUGUUUAUUCCCCACUGUGGAAGGAGAAUGUGGCCUGUGUCUCAGAGAGUUUGCUUUAUUUUGCACCAGAAAACUUGUGAAUUACCUGCAACUAUAGGGAGGCCUUUCCUGCCUUGGCCAAGGACUACUGCUGAGGUCUGAUUAGUUCUGCACCCCUCUGGCACACUGCUUCGGUCUGAAAAGUGUAGUGCUCGUAGGGGCAGACAGCCUUGGUGUGUGUGUGUACGACAGAAAUACAAUUGAUUGUUGUGACUGUGACUCUGAGCAAGCAGGGAAAAGCCUUAAAAAUUAAAACUGUCACUGCCCUAGGAAUGUGUGUGUGUUUUCACUUUCACUUUCAGUUGAGAGCGGCUGGGUGCACGGAGAAUGUUUCGAUUCCCAUAAAAUUGCUGUACUUUAUCCAGCAAUAGUUGUCUGAACAGACUGGAGUCAGACAUGCCCGGGGGCAAUGCAGCUGUAGCUGGAAGCCCAUCCCUGUAAGAUCCAGCAGGCAGGCACCUCCCAGACCAAGGGUCCAUUUCACUGACUAUGAGAAGCUGGAAAUGUCCCAGUGAUCCUGUAACUGCUGGGAAGUUUCUCUUGCGUUUGAGAUGAGGAUUUCCUUCCACUUGCACUGUGCCAUGGGCAACCCCUCUCUGUCCAGUUACCUCAUUUUCUUUUUUAUGGUCCAUGUUUCUACACUGGAACCAGUGAAUUUCAAGGUGAUUGGACCUGAUCAUCCCAUCGUGGCCUCUGCAGGUGAAGAUGCCCUGUUACCCUGUCACCUCUCCCCCAGCAUGAGUGCUCAGAAGAUGGAGGUGCGCUGGUACCAAUUCACGUCAUCUGAACCUGUCCAUCUGUAUCAGGAUGGAAAAGAUCAUCCUGAGCAGCAAAUACCAAAUUAUUGGGGCAGAACAGAGCUUCUGAAGGAUGGUAUUGUGGAUGGAAGCGUUGUCCUGCAUAUACGCAACAUCACCCCCUUUGACCAUGGGCAGUUUAUCUGUUCCUUCCAAUCACACAGCUUUUAUGCAGAAGCCGUUCUGGAACUGAAGGUGUCAGGUCUGGGUUCUACUCCUCGUAUCUCUAUCGACAGCUACCAGAGCGGAGGGAUCCACAUGGUGUGUGAAUCUGCUGGAUGGUACCCGGAGCCCCAGGUGCAGUGGAGAGACCUCAGUGGGAAGCGCUUACCAUCCCUGACAGAAAAAAUAACUCAACGUGAUAGCGGCCUGUUUGAAGCACAAAUUUCCAUUAUUGCAACAGAAACUUCCAUUCAGGAUCUGUCCUGCUCUGUCAGGAACUCCCACCUCAACCCAUGGAAAGAGUCUGUGGUCUACAUUGCAGAUCCAUUCUUCCUGAGAGGCUACCCCUGGAAGGUGGCUGUGUACAUACUCCUAGUUGUUUUGGGUUUUCUCACUUUCACAGCAAGCUACUUCUUCUGGAAGCAACACAAGGCAAAAGCGGCGCAUGUUGCAGAGAAAGGGAAACUCGUUGCUGACCUUGUAAAGCUCCAGGAUGAGCUUGACGAGCUCAAGACUGAUCUUUGUUGGAGAAAAACUCAAGUAUAUCGAGAAGUGAAGGUGGCUCUGGAUCCAUCCACAGCUAAUCCUGGGCUGAAGCUGUCUAAGGACCUGAAGACUGUGACAUGGCAAUCCAAACCUCAGGUUCUGUGUGAGAAUCUCAAGAGAUUUGACCAAGUUUCCUGUGUGCUGGGCUCUGAGGGAUUCACUUCAGGGAGAAUUUACUGGGAAGUGGAGGAGAUGGGGAGAAUCUGGGUCAUAGGGGUCGCCAGAGAGUCUGUGAGGAGGAAAGAACAAAUCAAAUUUACCCCCGAGGAGGGGAUCUGGGGGCUAGAACAGACCAGGGAUCACUAUUCACUUCUCACCGCCCCUGAGAGCCCCCUGCCACUGAGUGAGCCACCCAAGAAGGUACGGAUCUAUGUAAACUAUGAAACUGAGCAAGUGACAUUUUUCAACCCAGAUAAUGGUGAUCUGAUCGCCAGCCUCACAGCUUCUUUCACUGGGGAGAAAAUAUUCCCCUUCUUCUGGGUCUGUUCCCACCUCACACUAGCCACCUGAGACAUUUGGAGAUCAGGUAGGUAGGUGUGUGUGUGGGCGGCGGGGGUGGAGGGGUGGUUGGUUUCUAGUGCUACUUUUCAUAGAAUCAUAGAUCUGGAAGGGACCUUGAGAGGUCUAGUAGCAGCUUAGCUACUUACUUUGCUGUGUCUGUUAUUCCUUGAAACCACUUAAAUCCUACUUUUUAUACUUAAUAAAAUCACUUUUGUUUAUCAAUAAA